AACUUAUUAGUCACCUUCUCCUUAAUUUUCUCAAGAUUGAUUACAUCCUAGUUUGAAUUGACAUGCCAUACUUGUUAAGAUGACUGUUUUUUCUUUUCAUUGUUCGCGACUAAUUUUUAUUAAAGCUACAUCUCAAAGCCGUGGAAGAAACACUUUUUUUUUAAUUUUUUUUUAAAAAAAGAACCGGAUCUAACUUUGUUACCAAAAAGGGGCAAAAGAAAUUCACCAUUGGAGUAGCUUGGAAGUUGAAAUCCCAUUGAAGAAGAAAAAGAAAAGAAAUGGAAAAGGAAGCAAAGAAAGAAGGUUUCAGGAAGUAUUUGGAGGCCAGUGGAGUUCUUGAUGCUCUAACCAAAGUCCUUGUUGCACUAUACGAGCAGAAUGACAAACCUUCUUCAGCUCUUGAAUUUGUCCAGCAAAAAUUAGGUGGUCCAUCACUGUCUGAAUAUGAAAAGCUACAAGCCGAGUUAUCAGAUCUGCAAAUUAGAUAUAAUGAACUCUCGAAAGAAAACCAAGAAAGAUGCAGGGAGUUGGAGGAAUUGAAACAAACACAAGCAGAAGCAUCAGCUAAUAAGGAGCCUGAUGUAGGAAAUACUCAUGAUGAAGAACUCAAGAGUACAGAUGUUGUAAAGAGUUAAAAAUGCCGUAGACUUAUUGGAGCUGUUGUAAUAUCAUUUGUUUGAGAGGAGUUUGAUUUGUAAUGACGAUGGAUCAAAAAUCACGUGUCUACAACAAUUUCAUGAAAGAGUAGAUACCAACUCCAUCUAUUUUCAA